CGUCAGACUGCCAAAGGAAAUGUACAGCCUGUGGUACAGUGUAAAGUAGCUUAGUGAGAUGACAGCAGACAACAUAGCUCUCCAUUGGCUUCCAUUCAUCUGAAAUUGGUCGUUUAAUUGAUUAGUUAACGUAUAAGAAGGACGCGAGUUGAACGCUAACGGUAGCAAAGUACAGCUUUUUCACUCGUGCAGAUAAUGUUAGCUAGUGAGCGGCUAAUAACUGAGUCACUCGUGAUGUUCUGGAGUUCUUUAUAAUGACGAAUGAGAAGCCGAGAUGGAAGACUGUAAUUGGGAGGACAUUAUAGAAACACCUGAGCUGCCUCUGGAGAUCAUAGUUUACAUCCUGAGCUUUCUUCACGCUUCAGACAGGAAGGAAGCCUCGCUGGUCUGCCGCAGCUGGUACUAUGCCAGUCAGGACUCUCAGAGGAAGAUCACCUUCUGCUUCCCGGCUUCAGCCUCAUCCCUGGAGCUGAUCAGGGGUCUGGGCAGAAAGUCCCGCUGCGGUCUGGUUAUCAGUCAGCUCGAUGGCUUCAGUAUGUCCAGAUCCCUGCUUCUGGAGGUGGGUCUGUGCUUGGGCUCUAAGUUGGAGAGCUUGGCCCUGCCUGGUAGCAGUGUAACAGAGGCCUCUCUGCUGGCCCUCCUCCCUCGCCUCACCUCCCUCCGCAGCCUCAACCUGCGGGGCCUGAACAGCCUCUUCAUGUCUGGGGCUUUCCUCUCCAGGGAGGAACACAGACAGCAGGUCAGGUCAGCUCUGUCUGGUCUGGAGGAGCUGGACCUGUCCGACAUACGCUACCUCUCCGACCUCACCUUCAACCGGCUCACCGGCUGCACCCCGCGCCUCCGCCUCCUCUCGCUGGCCGGCUGCCAUAUCGCCUUCGAGUUCGACCCGUAUGGAGGGUGCCCGGUGGGAGCAGUCAGGGAUUCCUCAGCAUUGCUGUCACUGAGGAACUUGCGGAGGUUUUUAACGGAGCAGAAAUCCACCCUUGUAUCGCUGGACCUCAGCAGAACCUCGAUCACCCCUGAGUCACUACGCACGGUCGCACAGGUUCAGGAUUUGGUCUUAGAGGAACUGUGUCUGCACGGCUGUAAGGAGCUGACCGACUACUCCAUGGAGGUUCUGGUGAAGCACCAGCCGAGCCUCCAGAGACUGGGCAUCAGUGCCUGCACCGAGCUGACCAGCAGGUCUGUAGAGGCCAUAGCGCAGGGCCUCAAGUCCCUGACACACCUCUCCUUGUCCCGCGAUUGGAGGAUCACUGAAAAAGGCCUGGCGGACCUUCUGUCCGUGUCGUCCCUGAGGAGUCUGGAUCUGUCCGAGUGUCUGCACGUCAGCGGGACAGAGAUAGUGAACGGCUUGACGGAAUCCAGUGCUGCCAGAGCACAGCUGGAGACUCUCAACCUCAAGAGCUGCACCUACAUUAGGGAUCUUGCCGUUUUCUCUCUCACCCAGCUACUUGGGGAUACUCUGCGUGAGCUGGACUUGACAUCGUGCGUCAAUGUGACCGACCUGUCCGUGCGCGCCAUAGCCACGUACCUGCAGAGGCUGGUGGUUCUGCGGCUCGGCUGGUGCAAAGAAGUCACAGACUGGGGUCUGCUGGGGAUGGUGGAAACGGCCAGAUGUGAGCCGGACCAGGAGACGGGAGACAAGGGUCCCAGGUUCACCCGGACCUUCGGCAACAUGGGCUUCUUCAAGCCUCCCCGUCUGCCGUUCGAGGAGCGACCCAAGCUGGUGACCCAGAACGACCUGCAUCAGUUCAGACAGCAGGCCGGAGCUUCGCUCUUAGCCCUCAGCCGGCUGCAGGAGCUGGACCUCUCGGCCUGCCCCAAACUCACUGACAGCAGCAUCACACAGGUGGUGCAUUACCCAGACCUCCGCCGCCUGUCUCUCUCCAUGCUGCCGGAGAUCACUGACGCCAGCUUGGCGUCGGUCGCCUGGCACUGCCGCAGCCUCACCAGCCUGGCGCUCAGCCACUGCCCGGGGAUCAGUGACCGCGGAGUGGCACAGGCUGCACCGUACCUACGCAGGCUGCAGCAUCUCUACCUCUCCUGUUGUAAUAACAUCACUGACAGGUCCUUGUUACUGCUGGCGCAGCACUGUAACCGCCUGAAAACACUCGACAUCUCAAGGUGCAAAAACAUCUCGGUGACAGCUGUGGACCUGCUUCAAUCACAGCUGCCCUUCUUGGAAAAUGUCCACUACAAAUGCAUCGGUGGGUUUGAUCUGACCCUUACACUGAACGACUGAUUGAAUGUCCUGGAUGACUUGCUGACCACAGCCUGCUCCACGGGGUUGGGCCCUUCGCACGUUUCAGCAAUUUGCACAAGAACUGACAGAGAAUGUUGAAAAGUUUUCAUUUUACAGUGGGAGCGAUAUCACGCCACCCUGUGAGUGGUUUUUAUCACGGUCUCUUUAGUGUGAGACAGGUACCACUUGUUUGAAACCAAUGUGAAAAAUAAGAUCAUUAACUGUUUAGUCCAACAGCAAGAAGAAAAUAUUCUCACAGUAUCUCAUUAUAGUGAAUUGUUGUUUGGUCCACAUUUUUGAGGCGGCAGAUGUCGCCAAAACGAGAGAUUUUGCUUGUUAUUUUGAAUUUACUCGUAGUAACAAAGGCGGUUCUAUCUGCCGUCUGUUACGAGGUAAACAGUAUCUCAUCAUAGUCAUCGUAAUACUCAACACAGCUGAAGGUUGGGCACAAAAACUAAAUGAAAGAAGCUGUCACAUAAAAGAUUAAAAUUAUAUUUUUAAUAUGUAUAAUGUAAUUCUAUAUUUCAUAUGUUUUAACUAAUUUGACUAAAAUUGUAAGAUAAGCUGUGGACACAAUGUUUUUUUCCCUUAACGUGCUCAUUUCUGUUGUUUUUAAGCAAUAAAAGAAAGUAAGACUUGAUAUGGAUAGCUUUGGUAUCAGUGUUUUUGAUUUUCUUGAUAUAAACCAGUGGACAUAUUUUUUUCUAACAAUGACAGUUGUGUGUUGCUGAAGUAGAAGUAAAGAUGUGUAUUUAGUAAAAUAGUGGUCCUCAAAUAGUUUCCUCAACUUCAACUUUUAGAGCCCAGAGAAAGGCCAAAUACCGAGGCGAAGGUGAAUGAACGGCAAGCGAUUUAUUUAGCACGGUCUCUUUCAGAAGAUGGAGCUCGCCGUUUUUUUGGAAAUGACUUCUCCUUUAGAGCACGUCAGUAGUUUAACUGCCUCUGUUCAAACUUAAUGGUUUGAAUAAUUUAAGGGUUCUUUGAAAACUGCCAGCAUUAUCAGAUGUGAUAAGCACGCGUUCAGAUGGAGUCUCAAAUUUGAAGGAAUUUAUUGAAAGGGAGUAAUAGCCCACAAAUAGCAGACCAAUCAUGUCACUUUUUUUUUCCCCCAAUGAAAAUCUGUGGACAUGCUGUUAUUACCGGAUGCUACAAGCUUACCAAAAACACUACAAACUGAACUAACUUGAAUUCAUCUGUUGUCUUGGCCAACCUAAUUAGGAACAAUAUCCCAUGUAUACUAUCAUGUGCAUUGUUAAUUCAUUUUGUAUGCUGCACUAUGCCAGAUGGAAACCCUGAUUGUAAAUGUGAAAAAUCAAGAAUAAAAAGAUGCUGUUUUAUAAAUACA